AUGCAAGUAGUUCGUAGACGCCAGCUCGUGCGCAACACGAGGCUUCUGUCCGUUCGAGGGACUUCAACUCGUUUCAAAAGCGUCUCAGCAGCUGCAAGUGUUGAUUUGAACUCUAGAGCUAAGCCAGGACUCUUUCAACUGCCGAAUCUGCAUGCUCCAUCUGACUUUCUGACACUCACCCAUGACGUGAAGCUGCAGUGUCAUGAAUUACGACAGAAGCUAGUAAAAUCACCGCCAGGACUGCAGACGCUACGAACGCUGGACGACAUUUCCAAUGCUAUUUGCUCAGUCAUUGACGCUGCGGAACUUUGCCGUAAUGUCCAUCCUAACGAAAACUUUCGUCAAGCAGCGAGCGAGUGUUUUACUGAUCUCUCGGAUUUCAUUCAGAAUCUAAAUGCUGAUACAAAUUUAUACCAGUCACUCAAAUCUGUGACGGAGAAUACAAUCACAAUGAAUAGCUUUACACCAGAACAGCGACGAAUGGGUAUUCUCCUGCGUCAAGAGUUUGAGCGCGAUGGUAUCCAUUUAUCACGAUCAGAUCGUAAACGAGCGAUAUCACUACAGAAUGAUAUUACACAAUUGAGUAUGCAGUUUCAGUCAACCAUGUUGAGUGCUAGAGAUUACGUCGAUGUACCAGCAAAAUUUAUUCGCGGCUUGCCUCAUAGCAUCACUUCUGUGUGCGAACGAAAAUGGAUGAGUCCUGACACAUUACGAGUUCCCACAGAUACGCACGUCAUGAACACAAUUUUAAAAUGGGUCAGUGCACCAGAAAUCCGACGGAAAAUGUACAUUGCCGCCAAUACUUGUGCAAAAGACAAUCUUUUGGUUUUAGAUAAGCUUCGAGAGAAACGUCAUGAACUGGCCCAGCUUUUAGGCUUUGCAUCUUACGCUCACUUUGCAACAAGUGAUCGUAUGAUAACAUCUUUAGAGGAUGUCAAAAAUUUUAUUGAUGGCAUUGCGAAGCAACUUAUGUCGAAGGCAAAAGCAGAGCGCCAGCUUUUAUUAAAUGCGAAACGAAAGCAUGAAGGCCAAUCUGUCGAUCAAUUAUACAUGUGGGAUGUGCCCUACUAUACGGGCAUACUUAAAGCUCAGAUGCAUCUCAUCGACUCGCGUGUCAUCUCUGCUUACUUUCCACUUGAGAACUGUAUAAAGGGACUGCGUUUGGUGUGCUCUGCACUAUUUGACUUAGAAUUGAAGCAAAUACCAAUGCUCAAUGCGAGUGAAAGUUGGCAUGAGGAUGUGGUGAAACUUGCUUUGAUUGGAAAGGGUGAAAUACUAGGAUACAUAUACUUCGAUUUGUAUCCACGAGCGAACAAAUAUAACCAUGCUGCGCAUUUUACUAUUCGUUGUGGCAAACGUCUGAGUGAGACGUCAUACCAGAAACCGAUCGUAGCCCUCGUUUGUAAUUUUAGUAAGGACAGCCCGUCGUUAUUGACACAUGCUGAAGUCGAGACGCUCUUUCACGAAUUUGGACAUGCUAUGCAUUCUCUGCUGUCUCACUCUGAGUUUCAGCACCUUUCAGGUACACGUGCAAUGUUGGACUUUGUUGAGACUCCGUCGCACUUGUUCGAGUAUUUCGCAUGGGAUUAUCAAGUAGUAAGCGAGUUUGCUCGCCACCACGAAACAGACGCUCCGUUACCUGCUGCAAUGAUGCAAGGACUGCGUGCGUCCAAGAGAAUGUUUGCAGCAAUGGAUACACAAACGCAGUGUCUGUACUCAAUGCUAGAUCUUCAGCUCUUUGGUGAGCAGCCUUUGCCGUGUACUCCUCCUACAACCACUCAAAUGUUGCAACAAUUACAGAAUUCAAGCACGCUUGUGCCUCACGUAUGUGGAACGUCUUGGCAUACGCGCUUUGGACAUCUCAUUGGUUACGGUGCUGGUUACUACAGCUAUCUGUAUGCACGUGUAUUUGCUUCAGAUAUUUGGCAUACCUGCUUUGUCGGAUCGAAAGGUCCGUUGAAUCGCGAAGCAGGCGAAAAGUUGUACAAGAAAUUGAUGAUACAUGGUGGUGCAAAGGAUCCCAACGAACUUUUGUUAGAUAUGCUAGGUCGAAAGCCUUCUCCAGCAAAUUACCUACAAGAAUUGGGAGUUUAA